AUGGACUCUGGUUGUACAACAAGAAAGCCUUCCAGCACCGCAAGAUUACUUGUAUGGUCGUCUUCGGACAAGGAAGGCAUCAGGCGUAUACAGGAUACUUGGAUACCCUUCUUUGCAAAUCUUCAGAUUAAAUCGCAGGAACGUUCCAACUAUCUAGACCGCUUGUCACAUACGUUAAUCUCCAGGAGAUCGUGUCUUAGUUGGCGGGCAUAUGCUGUUACGGAGCCUGAUACUGACUGGAAUACCAUUCCCGGUAGACUGGUAUCUCCAGGACAGUCCAUCACAUCUUCAAACCUAGCUUACAUAUUCUCCGGGCAAGGCGCCCAAUGGUAUGCGAUGGGAAGAGAGCUUCUGGACGCAUAUCCGACAUUCUUCAACAGCAUUCGCGAGGCAAACGCCUACCUACGAACCCUCGGAUGUCAGUGGGAUCUUUUGGAUGCCCUUCAAAAAAGCGAAUCUGGAUCCUCUGUCAACCUGACCGACCGCAGUCAGACGUUAUGCACAGCAUUGCAAAUUGCACUUGUUGACCUCCUUGAGGAGUUUGGAAUCACUCCCAAGAAGGUUGUGGGCCACUCAUCUGGCGAGAUCGCUGCUGCUUACUCCACCCACGCAAUUUCCCGCCGUGAAGCUUGGAGAAUCGCAUUCUACCGAGGAGUCUGGAGCAGCAAGCUUGAGACAAACAGCUCUGUUCAAGGCUCUAUGCUUGCUGUUGCGCUAAGCCAAAAGGAGAUUCUGACAUACCUGAAUAGGAUCAGUCAAGAACAUGCUCUCCUUCGGCUCACGGUCGCCUGCAUCAACAGCCCUAAUAGCAUUACGGUGUCCGGAGACGAAUCACAGAUCCAGGACCUGAAGUCACGCCUGGAAGCAGAUCAGGUAUUCUGCAGAAGACUGAAAGUCAAGGUAGCCUACCACUCCUUCCAAAUGCAUGAAAUUGCAUCCCACUAUGAGUCUGCUAUCGGCGAAAUGGACGAAGAGUCGGAUGUAGCUCACGGGCAUCGCUCCUGUAUGGUGUCCACGGUCACAGGAAACUGGAUUACACCUGAUGUGUUGCGGCAACCACAAUACUGGGCGCGCAAUCUAGUAUCUCCAGUGCGGUUUUCCGAAGCUUUGGGUGUGGCAUGUAUUUCAACGACUUCGCCCCCGGAGAAGUUGGACGGUAGUCAUUACAAGUCUCUGGAAGUUCACCAUGUGGUAGAGAUUGGACCACACUCAGUCCUGCAGGGGCCCACGAAGUCAAUUCUCGCAGACCUGAAGCGCACCUCGGUGCACUACAUAUCUCUGCUCCAGCGAAACGUAUCGGCUACUUCAACCCUGUUAGAUGCUGUGGGAUAUCUCUGGGCUGCUGGUUAUGCUGUUGAUUUGGCCGCCGCAAACCAAGAAUCUCGAUAUGAACAUAACAAAAGCCCGCCCUGUCUGGAUAACCUGCCUGGUCAGAUUAGUCGCAACACCCGUUUGCCCCGGUUUGGCAAGCAUGAGCUUCUCGGGACACCGGAUCCUUACUGGAACCCCCAUCAACCCCGCUGGAGACAUAUCAUCCGGACAUCCGCCAUUCCCUGGGUUCAGGAUCACAAAGUCCAAGGGACAGUAUUGUAUCCUGGAGCAGGGAUGAUCCUGAUGGGAGUGGAAGCAGGAAAACAAUUAUGUCGUGAUGAACGUCAGGUCCUCUCUUUAGACGUCCUAGAUACAGACCUGCUUGCAGCUAUCCAAGUCCCAGAUCACGGUGAUGUGGAAGCUAGCUUUUCAAUGAGCCCGGUGAGUAGCUUGAAGGCAAAGAACUCAGACUUCUUCAACUUUCGUCUUGACUCUGCCGUUGGCUCCUCCUGGACCACAAAUUGCACAGGGUCUAUACGUAUCAUGUAUGAACCGCAGGGGGCCGACCCUGUCACUAACGAACAGGUUGACAUAAUUGAGACGCGGUAUCGAGACGCUCUACGACAUGCAGGGCAGGAGUGUGACACAAAUCCGGAUGUCAAUGCCAUCUAUGAUCAGUUGAAGCAAUGCGGGUAUUCUUACGGCGAAACCUUCCGGGGGGAUUACUGCUCUCUCCUAACGGGCUGCGGAACCAAGGCCAUGCCCACCUAUGUUCCAACACAUAUCAAGCGGCUCCGGAUUCUCUGUAACGGCCUGCCCAAGUCAUCAGAGUCAUUUAAAGUCCUGGCGCGUGGAACCUUUGAUUUUUCAACAGAAAUGACCGGUUCAAUCCCUGCAUUUGGGCCUCAUUGUCAGCAGCCUGUGGUUUUUGUCGAAGGGCUCAAAUGUACCGAAGUCGACGGAAUUGAAUGGAAACCGUAUAUUCGACUUCUAGACAAUAACGAGAUUGAACAAUAUUGCCCUAGGAACGCCUCUCCAACAGGCUCUAAGGAGACGAUGAUUGACCUCAAUUUUGUGGUUCUUGCCCGUGUACUGGAGGGUUUGCGAAUGUUCACGGAACAGAAGGGUCAGCCGGUGAAGCCACAUUUACAAAAGUAUAUCCAGUGGGCUGCCCAUCAAAAGCAUCUGGAUCGGAAGUAUAUUCAUGACACGGAGAGCCGUCUGCUCGUCGAGGCUCCAUUGUCCAAGCUUCUUAUAAACACCGGCCGCAACCUACUAGAUUUCCUGACCGGUGCCCAGGAUCCAUUGAAGUUUUUCUUCACGGGCAGUAUUGUAGAUGAGUUCUAUGAAGCUGCAGUAAGGCCAAUCGUAUUCCCCUGCCCACUGAAACAUGCUGACUUUGACCGUGGCCAGUUGGCCCAGACUAGCUUCGCGAAAGCACUCCCUGAGUACAUGAAUCUCAAGGCUCAUACUAAUCCUUCGAUGGAGGUAAUUGAAAUAGGAGCUGGUACCGGAGUAGAUACCAGGGCUUGUCUUAGAGCCUUGGGGGCCUCUGAGCAUAACGGUGGCUCGAGGCAGCAAGUGGCACAAGAGGGGUCCCGAAUGGAGUUUGAAAGGCUAGACAUCGAUAACGACCCAACACAACAAGGCUUUGAAGCGGGUAAAUAUGAUAUGGUUGUCGCUGCAUGGGUAUUUGUGCAUGCGACUGUAAGCUUGGAACGAACCUUGACCAAUAUGCGCAAGCUACUGAAGCCUGGUGGGAAGCUCGUGCUAGCCGAGGUGACAGGCCCCUUCCACACCGCGGCAGCAUUCGGACUGCUUGAGGGAUGGUGGCUCAGCUGCGAACCUUACCGUGCUCAUGGGCCUUGCGUCGACCGAAAAUGCUGGCAUGAUCUGUUGCAGAAAACAGGUUUCUCCGGCUGCGACUUGUACUUCCCGGACUUCGAAGACGGAACAGUUCAUGAGCUUGCGGUCUUAGUCUCUACCGCCGUGGAGGACGUCAUAUCUAGUGCCUGGAAUCCUGGCAUCGAGAUUGUGUACGAUCCGAGUGAGCCUAAGCAGCAGGCGCUCGCCAGCUUUCUUGAGGACAGAUGCCAGUCACUCACUGAAUCCAGCGUGGGCUGUUUACCCUUGCAAAGCGUGUCUGUAGACACCCAGGAUGUACUUCGGGUCUUCCUUCUUGAGUUCGAGAAGCCCUUGCUAUAUGGCAUGGAUUCAGCUGUCUAUGAAAAGCUUCAGAGCCUUCUUACAUCCUCUGUUACUACACUUUGGGUAACAUCAUCGACUGACCUCCCAGCACCUGACCCGAGAAUCCAUCUCAUUGAGGGCUUAUUCCGUGUUCUGUCUCAGGAAGACGGGAAGCAGCACCGAUAUAUACUUUUCCUUGAGGGAUCCACAGGGCCAGCAUCUAUCGCAGCAAUGAUCCAGAAUAUCCUGCAGCCACCCCUACAGGGACUUGACACAGAGUACGUCGUGCGGGACGGAAGAUUCUUUAAUCAGCGACUCUUCGACUGCCCGCCUCUUGAACAGGCAGUUUCAAUGCAGACAGCAGGUGAGAUUGAGUACUGGGUUCGCUCGAGCAUCUCCGAAGGCUUUCGAUUUAUAGAGACUGAGUCGAUAGACUGCUUGGGAGACCUGGAUGUCGAGCUUGAGAUUCACGCAACCGGAUUGAACUUUCGCGACGUCCUCACGUCAUUAGGCCAGAUACCCAACGCAAUGGCCGGGCAGGAAUGUGCUGGGGUAGUCACCAAGCUCGGAAGCAAGUGCACAAGGUUCAAGCCAGGUGACCGGAUUGCAGGGAUUGUGCCAGCUUGUUUUCAGGCCAGAACCAUCUUCCGCGAAGACAUGCCAGUGGUUCACAUUCCGUCCAGGAUGUCAUUUGCCGCGGCCGCGGGAAUCCCAACGAACUUUAUAACAGCUUGGUGCUCACUCGCAGAGGUGGCCCGCAUCCAGCCUGGAGAGUCAGUCUUAAUUCACUCUGGGGCUGGUGGCACAGGGCAAGCCCCCAUCCAGUUAGCAGUACAUUAUGGGGCAGAGGUAUAUACCACCGUUGGAACGGAAGAGAAAAAGAGCUUGAUCAUGAAGAAUUUCCCUAUCCCCGGAGACCACAUUUUCUCUAGCAGAUCAACUGAUUUUGCAUCUGCGAUUAUGCACAUGACAAACGGAAGAGGUGUCGACGUGGUCGUGAACUCUCUCUCUGGCGAAGGCUUAGUGCAAUCGUGGGAGUGCACUGCGCCUUACGGCCGUUUCGUUGAGCUAGGGCUGAAAGAUAUCCUGACAAACGCUAAGCUACCCAUGGCUCCAUUCCGAAAGAACGUCUCCUAUAGGUUCUUUGACUUGUCCUUGCUAUUGCAGGAUCGCCAAUCGCACGCCCGUGCUGCACUGAACGCUGUGAUGGACCUGAUGUAUGAAGGAAACCUUCAUCCCCAGGAGCCAACUCUAUUGUAUGGUGUCGGUGAACUGGAAAAGGCGUAUCGAUAUAUGCAGUCCGGGAAAAACCUCGGGAAGAUAGUGAUCGAACUACGUCACACAGACAUCGUCAAGACCGUAAUUAUAUCAAGGCCAAACUCUUCCUUCGAGCCUAAUGCCACGUAUCUGGUCGCGGGCGGCUUGGGCGGACUCGGUCAAAGUAUGAUCGACUGGUUGGUGAGCAGGGGCGCUCGAAAUAUUCUAAUUCUUUUCCGCUCCGGAGGCAAGGACGCCGAUUCCCAGGAAUACCUUGGUCAACUAAGAGCAGGCGGGGUCAAGACUCAAGUAUAUGCGUGCGAUAUUACGGAUGAGCGAAAACUUCGCGACGCACUCGCCGACGCGGCGUGUCAUAUGCCCCCGAUUAGAGGCUGUAUUCAAUCCGCCAUGGUCUUGCAAGAUGUUGGUUUCGAAAAUAUGAGCCUCGAGGACUGGCAGACGGCCGUCAGGCCCAAAGUACAAGGAUCCUGGAACCUCCACAAACUUCUCCCACGUGGGCUUGACUUUUUCCUCAUGCUCUCUUCGAUGAAUGGGAUAGCUGGACAUGUAGGCCAGGCAAACUAUGCCGCAGGCAACACAUUCCAGGAUGCGCUAGCUCAUCACCGUACACAAUGUGGGGAGAAUGCCGCAACCCUUGACCUCGGGCUCUUCACCUUCACCGGACGAGUGGCCCGAGACCCGAGACUCCUUAACAUUGCACUAAGCCUCUUUCCACAUAAACCUAUCACCGAACCUGAAUUCCACGCACUUCUUGAUGUGUACUGUAACCCCGCCGUCUGCAAAGAGAAAGGUUUACCUUGCCAAGUAUCGUUUGGAAUGCGUCCACAGUAUGAAGGUGCUUCAAUCAAGGCCUACUGGGUUGGAAGGCCCGUUUUCCGGUAUAUGGCCCAACAACGCCUAGUCCAAGGGCACUCUGAGCGGCAGGGCCAGACCAUUGAUCUUCCAUCUGCAUUCCGACGCGCAGAAUCACUGGCUGACGCAACCGCCGCGCUUCAGGCAGAGGUUGCUACAUUCGAUAUCAUCGGUCGCGCGACAAAUAACUCCUUGGCUGGGGUGGCUGCGAGCCGGAGUAAGUUGCCUCGUGGUUGGUCCUGA